CAACAUGUUUCUCUAAGUACGUCAUCCUGUAAAAGAAAUAACUUUGCUUGUUCGUGGUGAACGUUGUUAGGCUUGUAUGUUAUUGUUCUGUUUGUCCUUGUCAUCAUCUUAUGGUUUUAAACAAUAGUAACUUUUCCGAAAAUUUAACAAUACUUCUGGUCACCGAUUAGGAGGUGCACUCAAGGGAACAAAUGCCAAAGCCGAAGUUACGAGCCGAGAAUCGACUGGUAAGCUUUGUUGAAGAGGAAGACCUUCUUGCCUCUUACCCCGAUAAUAAACGAACUUCGACUCAAAUAGAAGCCAAGCUGGACACUGUAAACAGUUAUAGUCCAGGCUGUAGUGAGCAAAGCCCAUUACUUAACCGGACUAUGGACAGUGAUUCAGACCAUAUUCACCAUCAACCUGCUCUGGACGACCCUGAAUUCAGGACUGUUUAUCGGGCCGCUGAAGAAGCGAUUUAUCAGGGAGUCUUACCCGAAAGGAUUUAUCAAGGCAGCAGUGGCAGUUAUUUUGUUAAAAACAAAUCCAAGAGAAAUAUUGGUGUUUUCAAACCAAAAAAUGAGGAACCAUAUGGACAUUUGAAUCCCAAGUGGACAAAGUGGAUGCAUAAGACUUGCUGUCCUUGCUGUUUUGGAAGAAGCUGUCUGGUUCCAAAUCAAGGGUAUUUAUCAGAAGCUGGUGCAAGUUUGGUUGAUGAAAAGCUUGAAUUGAAUAUUGUUCCAAAAACACGGGUUGUCAGUCUUGUUAGUGAAACUUUCAAUUACACUGCAAUAGACAAAGCAAAAGCAAGAUCAAAAAAGUUUGCAACAGAACGAUUUCCCGAUUCAAUUGGUAAACACGUAAGGGCUGGACUGCCUCCUAAGAUUGGUUCUUUCCAGCUUUUUGUUGAGGGUUAUAAAGAUGCUGAAUUUUAUCUACGCACCUUCGAAAUUGAAUCUCCACCAGAAGAAACGAUGAAGGAGUUCCAAUUUCUUUUUCAAAAAUUAGUUGUUCUUGAUUAUGUUAUAAGAAAUACAGAUAGAGGCAAUGAUAAUUGGUUAAUAAAAUACGAAAAUACGCCGGUUGUUGAAAGAACCACGUGCAUAGAAUGUGACCAAUCAGACUGCCAGGAUCCGAACGACUCCGAGAAACAUUCAGAAGACUGGAAUGUCGUUGCUGUUCCUAAAAUCAACAUCGCUGCCAUUGACAAUGGCCUAGCCUUUCCAUUCAAACACCCUGAUUCUUGGCGAGCAUACCCUUACCAUUGGGUUUGGUUGCCAUAUGCAAAAACUCCAUUUACAGAACAAAUUAAAGAGAUGAUUUUACCAAAGUUAUCUGAUAUGAAUUUCGUAGAAGACCUAGUUGCAGAUUUAUAUGAGCUUUUUAGGGAAGACAAAGGAUUUGACAGAAAUCACUUUGAGCGACAAAUGUCAGUUAUGCGAGGACAGAUUUUGAAUCUUGCCCAAGCGAUUAGAGAGGGGAAAUCUCCUGCGCAGUUAGUUCAAAUGCCCUCUGUCUAUGUACAGCGACGAAGAGGAACGGACACUCGAGAUGGCAGGGCGCACAGUUUUGUUCAGAGUUUCCACAACAAACUUCCAUUCUUUUCAUGGUGCUGAGUGCAUGGAUUACUCAAAUUAUAGGACUUGAAAAAUUCAAUUUAAAUUGUAGAAGGGUAAAAAUUCGAAUAUAGUUAAUCCACAACUAAGCAAUUUUAAUGACGACAUCACAUUUGUAAUUUGUUGAGACUUGAAUUGAAAUUCAGUAGAAUUGUAGCUUUAAAAACUUGCCGAGCAAAAUGUUCUGUUUAGUUAUACGGUUUCUAGCGGAAAUAAAACGAAUAAAGGUACAACUACUUGCUCUGAAUAAAAAAUAGUAACAAUGCCAGUCUCAUUGGAAAUCAUUAUCUUUGAAAUUAUUAAGUUAUAUGAAAUUCACUUAAGUUUUCUAUGUACUGUGAAAUAUUAUGUUUGCAUGACAAAAGCAAUUAUUUACAAGCCUAACGUACCAUAUUGCCUACCUAGCAUAUAAACACGAGGAUUAAUGAUAAUUGUGUAUUGAUCUUAUGGUGGGAAAACGUCUACAAUGUAAAAUUAACGCAUUUUUCGAAACGCUCACCUGGAAAUCAAUCAGAUCUUUCUUAACCCUAUCUGCAAUUACAUUUUCAAUGCAAAACUCA